CUCUAGUUGGCUUUACAUGUGACGAGUUGUGUGCUCCUGCGCCUAGACGUCGUCGGCGUCAUAUUUGUAUUUCCGCUGUAGGUCAGAUGGGGUCACCAGUCUCGACGGAGUUUUAGGUCACGGAAGGCGGAGACUGUCCCCUGAAAACUUGGCAGCCAGUGGGCUGAGAACUUUGCAUUUGACAGUCGCUUGUAGGCGGCUUGCAUUUCAGGCAGGUAGUAUGCACUUGUCCGAGGAUGGGCUUGUAACGAUUUAGUCUAUACUGCUUACGUAAGCGCCCAGCAGUUGAUGUCGUCUGCCCCGCACGGACGGGUAGGCUUACCCAGGGAGAGGCAUCUGUGAGCGUGAAGACAAAGCAACAACACAUGAGUUGCCUGGAACAUUGGGCCUGUUUAUCAAGAAAAGGGAAAAGGAUUAAGGUGUUUAUGCAUACUUAUGAAGUCAUUUCGCUUGGCCUGUGGACAUGACUACCCAUCGGCGACCUGGUGUUUUGUAUUCGAACGGACAACGGGGCGGCCUGGUAACAGGGAACAAACACAGCAAAGAGCUCAGCUCCAGCCACAGCCAAGGCCCUGGUCUAGGUACAGAGCAGGUGGAGAAGGUCCCCACAAGAGUGAAGAUCUAACCAUAGACACUUAUCAGUACUCACCAAACAAGGGGCUUGCACAUAUGCUUGCAGCAGGUGAUGGCAAUGGAGGAGGAGGAGGAAGUGAAACAGGACUUCUUCUCCAGCAGGCAUUAAAGAGUCUUGAUGAGCUGCGGCUGGAUGAUGCUGAAAAACAGUUCCUGCGGACAUUUCGACAUGUGCAGGAAAAGUCUCCUGAUGCCUCAUGCCUGGUGCAUAUUUACACAGGGUUGGCCGAGGUGUGCACACGGCGGAGUCGCAGCUACCGCCAAAACCCUCUGGAGUGGUUGUGGCUGUGCGUGCAUGCUGGAGCCUUGCUUGGAGAAGCUGCCAAGCUCUGUCAGGGGGCCAUGGAUACUGAGCUGGACAACCAGACUAGAGACUGGCUGUCAGCCCAGCAAGAGUUUGCUGCAGGUCGAGCUCAGAAUCUCACGGACGUUGUUGCACGCACUCUGCUGAACUGGUUGAAGGAGGACUGGCGAGCAAUCAACCCAUUCCAUUCUUUUAACGUGGUCCACUCCCGGACACCAAUGACACCUUCUCAUUAUCCAUUAACUGCAAGUCAGGGUUCUGGAUUGAUGAAACCCUACCAUGCUGGCUACCUUUCUCAUGGCUUCAGUCUGGAAAGCCUGCAUGAACCUCCAGUGCAGGUCAUGAGAAGUCACUUUGGUAGUGCAAGCUGGUUCCACAGAAUCCAGUUGUACUGCCAUCGCCGAAUGCAUUCCUCUGAUGUCAAGGACAUUCUGAAAGAGGUUCUUGCUUUUGAUGAGAAUGCUAGCUCAUCAUCUGUAAAAUCCACAUCCAAACAAAACAUGGACAUGGACACAGCUUCAGGUGACAGCGAGUCCAUCUCUACUGAAGCUGUUGACUACAGUGAUGUUGUGGAACUGUCCAAGACAGACACACCUGUCAAAGAAUACUCAUUCUCUUUUGAACUGGCUUCCAGCAAUGUAGAUCAGGCUGGGUGGGAUUUCUUUCUGGAAAAGAGAAAGGACUAUGUUGUUGAAGGCAUCAUCCAGUUGGUGAUUGAGGAGGAUGAAGAAACAGAUGGUCUGCAGCCAGUAGCUGAAGAUGAAGGUGUUGUUAAUGACAUCGAAGAGGAGCAGGAGAAGGAAAUUUUCUCCCCUCUUCAAGAGAACAUGAUCAGGCUCAUGCUAGCAAAGAUCUACCACAGACUUGUUGAUCAUCUCCUAAAGGCAGAAGCAUACACCCAGGCAGAGAUUCUGUGUGAAAACAUCUUGGAGAUCAUUGAUGUUCAGGACAGUUCAUCAGAAAUGAUGCGCUUCAGUGCCCAGGUGAUGCAGAACACUGGACUUCUGUGCCUGAAGCAAGGAUUAAUCAACAAAGGACGUACUAACUUGAACAAAGCCUUGCAGCUCUUUCGUGACUUGCAGGAUCAUGACGCCCACAGGGAUGUGGCUCUGGUUCUUAUCAACCUUGGUAAUGCCUAUGUUACAGAAGAUCUCAGUGAGGACCUGUACUCGGAAGUCAUUGCCGCCAUCUGCGAGUUUUUUGAGAAGGAGGCUGCAGACGAGCAAGACUCAGGGGCAAAAGCAGAUCACAGCUCAUCAAGCAAAGACAGCUCCUCAUCCAAAGACAGAGCCAGUAUGGGCAAUGUGGAUGCAGCCAUCAGCUGCUACACAGAAGCUUUAGGAGUUCUAGAAAACAAUGAGGAGACACAGAAGGAUAUUGUAGCUCGGGCUCUUAGAAAGCUGGGAGACUGCCACUUUGUACAGAAAAGUUAUUCUGAAGCACUCGUCUUCUAUGAGAAAGCUUUGGGCCUUUUUCGACUGGCAGGCGUCUAUGGCAAAGAGGCUACGCUAGAGAAUGCCCAUGUACUGACCAUGUUGGGGGUGUCCACCUUCAUGUUGCAUGUGUACCCAAGAGCUGCACAUAUUUUUGAACUGGCCUUGCACAUGGUGAAGCAUGCAUUUGGCCUCACACUGCACACUUUUCUUCAUGGACUGCUCUUCUCACUUAUGGGCAUAACAUUUUACAAGAUGAAGUCUUACCACAAAUGUGUUUCUUUCUGCAGCCAGGCCUUUGAGACUUUCUGGAACUUGCAUGGUGAGAAGAUUCCAGACCUUGGGCAGCAGAAAUUCUGGCUGGUGUGCCAGAAUCUGUACAUUCUGGGCAACACAUACAAUAUCCUUAACCUGCAGCACAAAGCCAUCAAGUUCCUCAACAUUGGCCGCCUCUUAAUGCAAGAGAGCACUGUUGGAGAGCGGCGGCAGCACAUGCGUAUCCUGCAGAUUCUGGGCGAUUGCUAUUUUGCACAGUAUGACUACAAGACGGCACUGACCUACUACAACGAGGCAUUGGACAUUGGUGACAAACUGAGCUCUUCACAGUCAGAGUCCGAAAUGUCACGCAGUGGUAGUGGUGAGUCUGGAGCAAUGGUUUCUUCGACUGAAGACCUUGAUAUGGCACUACAUAACCAGCUUUUGAGUCGCUCUGCAGAUGCUCACAUCAGCAUGAAGCAAUAUCAGAGUGCUGUUCACUAUCUUGAGCAGGCACGUGAUAUUCAGGAUGUUUUGGAAGAGGAUAUCAAAGGGGAUCUAGUCAGUACACUUCACCAGCUGGGCCAGAUGCAUACCAUGGCAGGUCAUGUGGACAAAGCAAUUGAGUCGUACCGGGAGAGCUUGGAUGUGUUUCGUGAGUUGCAUAAUGGUCAGCUUGGCCCAGAAAUGUGUGUUACUCUGGGUAGCCUGGCUACCAUGUGCUAUGUAAAGGCAUGCAUCUGUGAGGAGAUUGAUCAGGAGUUGGAGAUGAUCCUUGCAACUGAACAGUACUUUCAGGAGUCCCUCAAGCUGGAAAUCAAGCAGUGUGUCUGUGUCAAGUAUGCCAACUUCCUGUACAGCCAAGCAAACUACGAGGAUGCUGUCCUGUAUCUGCAAGAUGCACUUAAAGCUUCUGAUGAGGAGGUGUCAGAGAUUGUCUAUGGUGGUCUGGAGAAGGUUACCCUCCCAGAAGCCCUGCAAGAUCAGGUAGAGGCUCAAGAGGAGGUCCUGCUACCUGCUCCGGCACUAGCUCACUACCUGCUCCUCCUCUCCUACAAGCAGCUGGGUCAGAUGCGGCAUGCAGAACACAGCCUGUUCGACCUGCUUGACGAGAUCUACACACACAAUGAUGAUAUUCCUUUCCUGCAAGCCAUGCUAGGGUUGGCUCUAAUGGAACUAGGGGUCUUUCGUGAGGCUGCACUUCAUUUUCGCAAUGCAGCAGAUCUUGAUCCGGAGUACAACCUUGCAAUGGAUAACUACUGUUUGUGUCUGUGUCUUGACGCCUUCAACACCCUACAGAGGGCUUUCGCAUCUAUUUUUGUUUAUCACCACAUUUGGUGUGACAACGAAACAUUUGACCAACAAAUUGCAAAGAUCAUGCAAGCAAGUGAGAACAUGUUUUAAUCAAAAACAGGUUUGGGAUCAGUUUUUGUAACAUUGCACAAAACUCAACUUCUUCUAGAGUUUUUUUUUCAAAGUGAUACAGGAAACAUCAGUAAAAAAUUGAAAGAUUGUGAACAUUAAAAUGAAAAAGUCACCAAAAAUAGUGAUAUGCAGCCAUGUACAUUUUUACUGGAAAAAAAUUUCAUGCAGUCUUCUAGUUAUUGAUGGAUGAUGAACGGCUGUUUCUUGUGUAUUGUAUGACAGGGACAUAUUCCACUUCACAUAUCUUGCUCCAACAAGAAAGGCAUUGCCAGGUGUGAAAGUAUGCAACCACUUGAAAUUGAAAAUUUGUCUUGGUCACUUCUUUCAAGCCUCUGUUUGAACUUGUAAGCACCAGCUAUUUUUUUGGAUGUCUUAAAAAUACUCACCUGGGUCUAGUUGUACAACAUACUUUAGAAGCAUGAAACUGUUCUACAGAAAGUUUUUUUCAAAAAUCGUUCUUACACUAUUUAGAUGCUUUGCACAAGUGCAUGCAAAAAAUUGUACUGAUGUGAUCAAGUCUGGUUAAACAAUUUUAUCUUUUUAAAAACAAUUUUAGUUCUAAAAACAUUUUAAAAUGUGCUCUUUCUAUAUUAUUUAUUAUCUAAAUAGAUUUUAAGGCCAUAAAGUGUUAAAAAUUAGAAAUGUGUUGUGUAACUGGCUUGAGAACUUAAAAAAGACAUUUAACUUGGUUGAUUUUUCAAUCUGUUUUCUUAUCUGCUGUCUUUCAAAGGUGUAUAUCUUCACAUUUAUUGUUGGUGUUUUGUUUUUAUGUUAGACUUAUAAACCUUUUUUAUAAAAAAGAAAAAUCUUCACAACUUUCUAGCUUUUCAUUAAUUUACUGAAGAGAUUUUUUUUCCUUUUAUGGAUGACUUGAAAUGCAUAAAACAUAUUAGGUCAUUAAGCCAAUUUAUUCCUGAAAAUGCAGGAUGUUUAAAGAGACACCCUGUCUGCAAAGUAAUGCAGUGUGGUUUCACAUGAAUGUUACUGCACAAAUCUUAAGACAUGCAUUACAAACUGAAAAAAAAUAAAAUGUUUUGAGCAGAUUCAUGUUGACACCCAUCUCAAGGAUGAACACGAAUUUAAGGGUACAUUUAAGGCAGAAAGGUAUUUAUCAUGUUUUACACCUAUGUCAAUUUUUUUUACAUGUUAUAGACAACAUGUACAUAAAUUAACAUGUUCAUACAAGGUAUGUAAUGACAUUAUCAAAUGGUGAUUACCACUGUUUCUGCUAGGAUCUUUUUAUAGGUGCCUAAACACUAUUAGAUGGCAAAUCUGUCCACUUAAAUAAUCUAUGCACAGCUUUUGAGAGUAAAUAUACAUACAAUUUUUGCUGGCUCUUAUAGUUUUUCUAAGGCUAUAUUUAAAAAAUAAUUCAAUGUGAAGUACUAGCACUGUUUUGUAGUAUCUCCUGUUAUUUUUUUUUUUUACAUAAUGAAUCUCCACAAAUGGUUGUGCUAUUUGACCCUAUGUUGCAUAAUAUUUUGCAUACAAUGAUCCUGUAUUUCAGAUGUAUUUGAAAGGAUCUGCUUCAGGGCAGUAGAAAAUGCACUUGGCAUUUGUUAAUAGGGAACCGUCUCCAGGGAACAAUGCUAAUGACUGUAAAGAGGACUACUGAGUAUGAGAACUGAGCAUUUAGUAAGGCUCCAUGGCAAAUGAAGUUGACAAUGAUAAGAUCUCUGUGGCAGCCAAUUUAGCAGCAGAUGAUUAUGCAUUUUUGGAGAUCAUAUCAGUACAUUCCAGUUAUGAAAACUUUUAGUGGUUUGUCAACAAUAUAUUCAAUGGCAGGAUAAUGUGGAACUGAAAGUACAGGUUAUGCUUGCAGGUGUGCAUGUGUGGCAGAAGGAAAAAAAAAAGAGAGGAAUUAUGAACUGUUAAAUGAAAAAUCGAUUGAAAAUGGCAUCAAUCCACUAAAAAUGACUUUGGUCAGGACUUUGUGUUCUACUGUAGAAACCUUUUGCAAUUAUUGUGAUUUCCAAGAUUCAGUGUCAUGCUGUCUCAUUAGUUGUGAUGUGAGGUAUUUGAUUUUUAUUGAUUUGCUUGUGAUAAUUUUACAAAACUAGCGCUCUAAAUUUCGGUGAGUAGAAAGCUCUUUGUCUCCACUACCAGAAUAUCCGGUUAUUUGAAAUACAGAACAGCUAACAUAAAAUGUCCUUUCCUGCCUUUUUUGUAGGUUUUUUUUUUAAAUUCCAGGACUUCAAUCUAUAUACUGACUUAAAAUGCACCAUUUCUGUCCUAUGCUUUUGAAGCUGGAGGCAGUCAACACCAUUUUGAGUAAAUUCAGGGUGAUAUAGUGUAGCAGGCAUUACAUUGCACUAUUCAGUUAACAGUAGCAUAGACCGGUGGUUCUCAAAGUGUGGUCAUAUGUCAGCAAAGUGAUGUUUAAAUCACCAGAUACGUUAAUUAGUCCAGUAUUCAUUUCACACAAGUUUUAAUUUUAUCAAUGUUCAACUGCUCAUUCGCAUAAAAUGGUUGCUUACCAACUAAGUCUUUAUGUCAAAGCGCGAGCAUUGCGUCAUUUGUUACCUCUUAGUAACAAAGUGCAUUUCCUUAUUUUUAAUUUUAUGUGUACUUUGCUAGUAUUCAAUUUUAUGUAAACUUUAUUAUGAUACUACUGUCACAAAAGUACAUUUUGUUUCGAACUGUUAAGAAACAGAUGCGUCAAUUUAAGUUUGAAAUUCACAGUACAGAGUGAUUUUAGGUCUUGGUGGUCCGCCAUAUUUUUUACUUUAGUAAAGUGGUCCAUGGCCUGAAAUAUUUUGAGAAUCACUGGCAUAGACACAUAGGUCAAGAAAUUUGCAGACCAUACAUAAAAUUAUCAGGAUUUUUAAGCAACAAUUUCCCUAAUAUGAUGGAUAGCAUAAGGUUUCUGUAAAUGACACAAGUAUGAAGGUCCUUAUAAAGUCAUGAUUAUAAAGGUCUUUGAAUCUAAUUAUGGUUGCAGUUGCACUGCUGUUUGAUUUGCUUUAUCUUUAGCGAGUUACCUUUUCUUUAUGUGUAUUUUUCAGACCUAAUUUUCAUUUUGGUAUAAAGCUGAGUUUAGACUUCUGGUUGUACUAUAUCAAAUAUCUGGGAUUUUUGAAUUGUAGAUUCUACUGGAUAUUUGUGCUAAGCUUGAACUAUAUAUACAAUACUGAUAAUCUCAUAUAACUGGGAUAUCAGUCUUUUUCCAAAUAAUCCCAGAAUAUACAUGUUAUACAGUGUAGGUUUGGAUAAAUUUUCAUAUAUGCUUAGAAAUACUUUUACUACUGAUUGCAAAUGUCACCAUAAAAUAUAACAGCAUUGGAAUUAAAUUAAAGUAAGAGGUAAACACAUUUAGUUCUUUACAGUAUGUAAUAUACUAUUCAUCAUACCUUCAUUUAAAACUGAAGAAACACUCGUUGCAGUAUUUUCUCAUAUCUCAAAGACGUAAAAAGCCAUUAUAAAAACAAAUCUCUUUCUGCUGCUUCCACAUAUGCUAAGCAGAAAUUCAGCAUGUUUAGCCUCAUGCAUAUUUGAAAGUUAAUACUGAUAUAAUUCUUUUCAAUAUAAGGAUAAUGAUAGCAGUCUUUGCUAAGCUAAGCAUUUGUUUACAUUAUUGUCGUACUCUUUAAUAUACUUUAUAUCUACAUUCCUUUAUUUGCAGUGUUUUAUAAACUCAAAACACUUGCUUUUGAUUAAAAGUUUGCGAUGUGCUUUAUUGUACAUGGCACCAAGAUGUAUUUGAAGCCAUUUAUUUGCUCGCUUGUCUUCUUAAUAAACACAACCUUAUUGGUUAUAGA